UUCUGAUUUCUUUUUUUUUACCCCAAUUUCUCUCACGCUGCCCCUACACCAUCCAACUCCAUUCCCACUAACACCCAUAACCAAGCACACAAGCACGCUCGUAUACAUUGACAUACGCUCCUACGCUUGCGAUCGAGCGCACUUGCAGUCACCCACGCUUCUUUCACCAGGGCCUCACACCUUACUCCUAUCUCUUUCAUCGCUCCUGUGAACCCAGUUUUUUCUAACAAGUGACUUAACUGGCUAUCACAAAUGUCCGGAACUUUAGUAAAUCGCCCGCCCGAGUCGUGGGGCAAAUUGGGCGAGAUUCCACCUCCUAGCCCUAAGACGUUCAUUGGAAAUGGAGCAUUUGGCGAGGUCUAUUGGUGGAACAGGGAUGGAACCAUGAUGGCCGUGAAGAGGCUCAGAACAGCAGACGGGGACGAUUGCGAUAUCAAGAUGGAGGCAAAGAUUGUAUCUCUGCUCGCACAUAGGCACAUCAUCCAGUGCUACGGUGUGGAGCUAGACGACCUCUACGCCUACAUUAUCACAGAUUAUGCUGCAGGCGGCAGUCUCACGAAAGCCAUACCAAGACUGGAUUGGAGCAACAAAAGAAGGAUUGUGGCGGAGGUGGCUCGCGGACUGGGGUACCUUCAUAGCAUGGGUAUCAUUCACAAAGACAUCAAAGGAGACAAUAUUUUGUUGACGGAGCACGACGAAGUCAGGUUAUGCGACUUUGGACUGGCUAGUGUCAUAAACUCUGCUGUUUCUGUCUCCAAAUAUGGACAAAUGGGGACGCCAGGAUAUGCCGCGCCAGAACUGAUGUCUACGAACCCCAAAUUCUCAGACAAGUCCGACGUCUUUGCGCUCGGUAUUGUGAUGAGGGAGAUGCUGGAUCAGAACGCACCUCCGGACUACACUGUGCUUAUGACCCGAUGCAUCGAUGCGGAUCCGAACAACAGGCCUACUACAGACGAGAUCGAGGAUGCGUUACAGGUUCCCGGGGUCCACAACGACGUUGGUGGAGAUAGCGCGGACGAGACAGCGCAUAACCUAUCGGCCGACGAUGAAUAUGAUCUGGGACUGCGGCAAUACAGCGGGGACGGAGUCAAGCGCAAUCGUGCAGAGGCCGCAGAGCGCUUCCGGAGGGCAUCGAACAUGGGACACGCAAAGGCCCAGUAUCAGUUGGCAGAGAUGUACCGCACUGGAGAUGGUAUCCUACAGGAUUACACUAAGUCUGUAGAAUGGUACCGGAAGGCCGCUGAUCAAGGAUACGCCCCGGCACAGACUUGUCUCGGGCUUUUAUUUCUUACCGGUAGCAAUGGGGUUUCCCAGGAUCACUGCCUCGCCCAAAAGACACUUAAAAUGGCAGCUGACAAUGGAGAUACCAAAGCAUGUACUCACUUGGCUUCUAUGUACCUCCGCGGAUGCGGCGUCGCUCAAAACAACGACGAAGCUAUAAGAUGGUAUCUCGAGGCUGCCAAACGAGGGGAUGUCGAAGCGCAGUGCUCCCUCGCAGACAUGUAUGUGACGGGUGACCGUGUCGAGCGAGACUAUGAUGAGGCCUACAAAUGUAUUUCGAUGGCUGUCGAACAGGACUAUGCACCUGCACAGUACGGUCUUGGUAUGCUCUAUCUCCAAGGUCAAGGCAUCUCUCAGAGCGACUCCGAAGCAGUGAAAUGGUUUCGCAAGGCCGCCGACCAGGGGAACCCUGAUGCGCAACACCGGUUAGGCGUGUUGUAUCUCGAGGGAAAAGGUGUUCGAAAGAAUAAGUCAAAGGGCAUGGUGUUGCUUCGCAAAGCGGCCGAUCAGGGCAACAUUGAAGCUCGCGUCACGCUAGCUUUCAACCGUUUGCUUCUUAAAUAUUAUUAAAGUCUCCCAUUCUGACCUAUCCUACCUUCACUUUCGAUAGUGAAAUUUUGAAUAUAGUGACCCAUGGCACUCGUCUCAGACAAAAACAAGACGCAGUUCAUCUUGUAGAGAAGAUGGUUCGUUGGAGUCCCCUUCGUUCCUCUCUACACUUCCACAACCGGUACUGCUCCUCACCCGGUUCCAUUUCCAUCUUAAAAAUCUUCCUGCAGAGUUCCUUUCUCGUAAUUAUAGUAUUUGCGAUGGAGCCUGGUGUCCCUCUCUUCCUCUUUUUUUAUUUUUAUUUUCUGCAAUACGCAUAUCGAUCUGUAAGAGGAGUAAUCGCGCAGUACGAAGUACAAGAGUCGCAAAUAAAUGUAGAGAAAAGAGUCGCGUCUAC